GGGUUUGGUUCCUGCGAUAGUCAAAUUUAAACUGCGAAAUCAAAAACGUAAACAAACAGAGAUCAAGUGAUUAUUGACACGAAGUGGCAUUCACCAGAGAUGUUUAAGAGGAGGACGAUAAGGAAACUGGGAAGAAGUAGGCGACGCCAAAAGAGUCUUAGACCUAGAAAUUCUUUUAAAGCUAGGCGAAAGGAGAAAGUACAGGUGCAGAAUACAGAUAUCCUUGAAGGUAUGCUGAAACUUGAUACUACAAAGAAUGAUUUAUUCUAUUCUGAUACCACAGCAACAUUGCCAUAUCCAUGGACAGAUGUUCAUCCCCUGAUGAAAUUGAAUUCGAAUGAACGUGUUCUGCUGAUGUUAACCUUGAAACAAAUAUGUGCUGAUAAAAUUGCAACUGAAGUUGACCUGCUUGAUGCAUCUAAUCUAGAUCAAGUUCCCGAAAGUCUAUGCUUAGUGAUAUGGAAUAGAAUCUUAGAGUUGAAUAAUGAUUCAUUUCUGGUAUACACCAUGUUUGCCAAUAGGUUUAGUGAAACUCGCGUGGAAGGUUAUACGUCUCAUGACUUUUACCUGGAACAUAAUAAGUAUGACUUACAACGAUUAAGAAGAGAUACGAUUAAUACGAUCAGACCCAUCAAUGCUACAUAUUACAGAGUUGAAGUCAUGCUUUCAAAUGUGAAUCUUACUAGUUUUGUUAAAAGAAUCAAGGAAUGUCAAUUUACAAAAUACGUGUUACUUAAUCUAUCACAAAUGAAUCCUAAUCAAUUCACUUAUGAUGAUUAUUUCAUGAUCUUUAAUAUCCCCAAUUUAAUAGCAAUAGACCUUUCAAAUAAUGAAGUUAUUGAUGAUAAUUUCAUACUUAAUCUUUGUUCAACAAUCAAACGAUCAAAACUUUUGAAUUUGAAGGCUGUUUUACUUAAUGGUUGUCCAAAGGUAACUAUAGCCGCGUUAAAGGCAUUACAGGACCUUAUUGAUGAAGGUGUGGUAGGAUGUUCUUUAAGGCUCAUAGAAAGUGACUUUCACUUAGUCAAUCCAACGACGUACUGGAGGAGUUUUCCUGGCCAGAAUCAUCUAUCAACCUUACCUCUAGGAAUGAAAGCGUUUUAUAGUCAUAGUUCCAAAUCGAUCGUUAAUGACGGAAUUAAGACACGUACUGAAAGUAAGUUUGAAAAGUAUGGUCAUUCCAAUAAAACAGCAAUCCUAGACUUUCACAUCGGUAGAGGGAAUUUCACGCCUAGUAAUCAUGUUGCAAAUAAAGAGUAUAUGACCCUGGCCUGGAAAGAUAUUCAACGGAAAAACAACAAUUCAAGAGGAUACUUAUAUAUCAAGGAUGCAAAUUUACACAAGGUAGAGGUCAAAAAACCUAUCAUGAAGACUGAAGUUAAACAAGAACAAAUUCCUGAUAAAGAAAAUGUACUGACUGUACCUACCAAGAGAAAACUUGUUAAGCGCUUAAUAAAGCCAAAUAUUAAAAGCUUCUUUGCUCUAUAAUUAACGUAAUUAACUCUUUUUAAUGAAACUAAUGUACAAUAUAUAUUAAUGA